AUGUUUCUGCUUUACGAAUAUGAUAUUUUCUGGGCAUUUUUAAUAAUAUCAAGUGCUAUUCCUGUUUUGGCAUUUCUAAUUUCCGGGGUUUUAUCUCCAAUUACGAAGGGGCCGGAGAAACUUUCUAGUUAUGAAUCAGGUAUAGAACCGAUCGGGGAUGCUUGGUUACAAUUUAGAAUCCGUUAUUAUAUGUUUGCUCUAGUUUUUGUUGUUUUUGAUGUUGAAACCGUUUUUCUGUAUCCGUGGGCAAUGAGUUUCGAUGUACUAGGGGUAUCCGCUUUUAUAGAAGCUUUCAUUUUCGUGCUUAUCCUAAUUCUUGGUUUAGUUUAUGCAUGGCGAAAAGGAGCGUUGGAAUGGUCUUAG